AUGUCUACAAGUCAAUUUCCACCAUCUUCGCCAAUUUUUGGCUCAGAUAGCGAGGAAAUACAAACAAAAGGAUUGCUUAUUUCUGCAAAAGCAUCAGAUGUUGACGCCAUUAACGCGUCAAAUGCAAAUCUUGAUUAUCCUACACCUGCACCUUCUUCUUCAACAGGUUUCUUAUCAUCGGAACCCAACUUUAAUGAGAAUAAGGAGAAUGUUCCUCCAUCAUCACCUUUGAAGGCAAAGCUACCUAUCAAACGGAGCUUUAGUGUGAGAAACCCAAUUCCAGUGAUAAAUAAGAGAGCUGAGCCACUAAGAGGUUUGUCAAAAGACACAUUACCCUCAAUUAUUCCAAGAGAGUCACUAGAGCAUCAAGUGGCACGCGUUUCAAAAGUGUUGAGGAUCAACACUGCAAAAGAUUCGAGUGUUACUGUGGGCAGAUCGAGUAAGAAGUGCCAGUUUGGACUGAAUCCACAUAACAAGCUGAUUUCUCGUGUUCAUUGCACUGUUUCUUUCAAUAAGACCAAGAGAACAGUCACUUUGAAAUGUAUGGGAUGGAACGGGUUGAAUGUGACAAUUCCAAGCCGGGUUAAUGUUCUGAAGAGUGGAAUUUCCGACCAUCUGUACGAAGUGGUUAUGAAAACCGAAUCUGCUGCUUCUAGCGAUCAAAAGCAAGAAAAAGUGCUUGAAAAGGAUAGAAGGGUGCUUUUUGAAGAUCCAAGUUUUACAAACUUCUACAUUUUGAAGGGUGAGUCGGUCGAGAUGCCAAUAACAAAGAAUGUCGUGAUUGAUAUAAGAGGAGAGAUACUUUUGCUGGUGUUUAAAGAAGAAAAUAGUGCAAAAGCAAUCGAGAAACAUACUCAAAGUUUUAGCAAAUCAGUUUCUCCGCCAACUAUUCCAUUGGAAAAGAACUCAGAGGAAAAGAAGGAUGUUGAGAAAGCUGCUAAAACAAAUAUUCAGCCAACUGAGGUGAAGAAUGCCAAACCAACAGAUAUGAAGCAUGCCAAGCCAAUGAAUGUGAAUAACUUAAAGCCAGUGAAGGCUAAACAAGCAGAUUUAUUAGCAGAAGCGGAAAACAUCAGAAAGACUGAUGUGAAGAAGAUCAUAAAGUCGGUAAUUAAGCCAAUUGUUAAGCCACACACUAAACCAGUUGUAGCUGCCAAAACUAUUAACAAGUCGGUUGCUAAACCAGCCACUAUACAUACAUUCAAGUUGGCAGUUAAACCUUUGGCUAGACCUGUGACCCAGCAACCUGAAGCAACAACUGAUUUGGCGGUUAAACAGGGAAAGAUAGCUAAAUGUAGCGCCUCAGAUCACAAAAGAGUUAGAAAAGCAUACAUAAGAGAGGAAGAAGAAGAGGAGAAAUACGAGUUUGAGCAUAUGAGCAAAGAACAGAUACAUGAGGUGUUGAACCAAAUACCAGAACUUGAAGAAGUGUCGCAUAUAGUUGCAAACCAUAUUGCAUAUUCGAGACUGUUGCAAGUGCCGAUCUCGCAACUUCUACACUUGAAUCCAGUCAAAGAACGUGGAAUAAACAGGCUGCAACUGCGCUGUAUACUUGUUCAUCAUCUUGAUUUCAUAGGAAUAAUUCACAGACAUGGAACAGAUGCUGCCGGUCUUCCUUUAGAUGAGGAAUACUACUAUAUACCGGAAAAGGAUGAGGAUAAGUCACGUGUUACGCUUGUCGAAGAGCUGAAAGGUUCUGCCUCACAUCUUAGAAGUUGUAGAAAGACGCAUAAGCAGUAUUUCUGGAAGAAGCCAAAGAAAUGA